AUUGUGCAUCUUCCAUUAUUUUUUUCUAGGGAAGUAAGAGACCUGAUAAAAGCUGCAUUGGAGAAAGCAGAAGACUGCACCGAAGCGGCCCAACAAGAGUUAAAGGACAGCUUAAAGAAGGCAUCGGACACUAUUGACAAGCGGCAGAAGCUGAUACGCCUCGCCGACUCCAGUUCCUACGGUUGGGCAACCGUCAGCGAAUAUGAGGCGCAUCAGUUGGCGGAGGAUGAUGAGAAUGAUGACAACAAGAUUACCAGAGCAGAGAACCGGGCUGGAAGGAAAAUCAAACAGAAGAAAGCGGCAGCAGCUACCCAACAACAGCCGAAGAAAUUCAAGUGGGGUAACAGCCAGAACGUGGAGACUACUGGCAAUAGUUCUUUUCGUCGCCCAUCACAGUUUUCCGCUCCAUACACCAGCUUCAGUCGAGGCAAAGGCGGGGGAGCAUGCUUCCUGUGCGGUAGCUUCGCCCACUGGAAGGCUACGUGCCCAAGACGAUACAGCUUCAACAAGCCAGCAACCACAACAACUGGCCAGUAAAGUUAAGUCAAUUAAUGUUCUGUAUAGCGAAGAUAAAGAUCCUUUCAUAAUUGGUACUGUGGAUAACUAUUUCGAAUAUGAGCAAAAUGCAGGGGUUCCUAGUAUCAAAGUUGGGGGUAGAUUGAAAAGUCAUUCGGCUUUUUGGCGGUUAAUUUCCCCACCAGACCACAUAUCGAAUGUAAUUGAACAUGGUUAUGUUACACCUUUUGUUUCAGAACCCCCAACAAUGUUCAGUAAUAACAAUAAAUCUGCCUUAAAUCACACAGCUUUCGUAACAAAAGCUAUCCAAGAGUUGCAUCAACUAGAUACAAUAGAGGUAACAAAGUCUAAGCCAUUCAUUGUUAAUCCAUUGACAGUUUCAGUCCAAAGCAGUGGCAAGAAGCGCCUAAUUCUAGACCUGAGGCAGGUCAAUGAGUAUAUAGAGAAAGUGCACGUUAAGUUUGAAGACAUGCGUACUGCAUUGAUGUUUCUCCAGAAGGGUGGUUAUGUCUUUAAAUUUGAUCUGAAAUCAGUAUAUCAUCAUGUUGACAUAUGCCAAGAACACGUCAAAUUCCUUGGGUUUUCAUGGGAUUACAAAGGUAUGCAAUCAUUUUAUAGGUUUAAACAGCUCCCCUUCGGCCUUUCAUCUGCACCCCAUAUUUUCACCAAACUUAUAAGACCACUGGUUAAGAAGUGGAGGGGUGAAGGAAAGUCAAUUGUGGUAUACCUAGACAAUGGGAUUGGUUUUGCACCAACCUUAUCGGAGGCGGUAGAAGCUAGUGAAGCGGUGAAACGGGACAUUCUCCGUUCAGGGUUCAUUCCUAAUGUUCAAAAAAGUGUUUGGAUACCAGCAGUGUCAAUAGAAUGGUUAGGGUUCGAGGUAAAUCUAGAUUCGGGUACCUUCUGCGUACCACAGAGGCGCAUAUUGAGCAUAAAAAGGGACAUUCAAUCCAUGGAUCCAGGUCUAACAACGGCAAGGGCUCUUGCAAAACUUGUUGGAAAGAUAAUGUCGUGUAAUUUGGUGAUAGGUAACGUCGCUAAUUUAAUGACCAAAUAUUUACAUCUGUGUAUUGAAUCCAGGUCAACAUGGGAUGCACCAGUGACAAUCCAAGCAGAUGCAAGAGAAGAGUUAAUUUUCUGGAACAGUAAUGUGGGAGAAAUGAAUGUAGGG